UCUGCCAUCGUCGCCGUCCACCCCGAGUUGGCGUGGUCAUUCUCCAAUCCCCAACCUGCCGUCCCGCUUCCGCAGCCAGCCAACGCAACCCCCGAACCCAAAACCCUACCACGGCGCCCAUGGCCUCGCCGCCGCCGUCUCCUGCGCCGCACCCCACUUCCGCAGCAGCCGCAGCUGCGGUGGGCAAUGGUCACGCCACCUCCGCUUCGCCGGUGGACGCGCUCUUCCUCCAGAACCUCAUGAGCCGCGUCCAGCUCCGCCCGCCCUUCCUCGACACCAACUCAUUCCUCACCCAGGACCUUGACGACUUCCUCCUCAACGAGUUCGCCGCGCUAUCCGCCGCCGCAGGGGCGUCGGAUGAUGACGAAGACGAGGAGGAUGAGGACGGUGGGCUCGCUGGCGGGGAGGGCUCCGGGGAGGCGAGGCGGCGGCGGAUGCUGGCGAGGGAGGAGGCGAAGUUGGAGAAGGAGAUCGUGCGGAUGGUGCUGGCCGGGGAGGCCGAGGACAAGCUCAAGCCCAAUUCGGGUCAGUCCGUGGCCGUCGGCGACCACCACCUCUGCGUCGGCUUCCAUGACGACGCCAGCGGGGAGUAUCGCAUCUGGGAAUGGCACGGCCACGUCAUGUUGUUCGACGACGACGACGGAUACUCCGCAGAGUACAUUUAUGGUAACCACUUCGAGCCGCUUGCUGCUGCCACAGCCCGGGCCAAGAAGAAGGAGAAGGAGAUGAGAGAGAAGGACAUGAGCAUGGGGCUUCGGGAUUUGGUCUUGGACACUGACGACGGUGGCAAUGGCAGUCUCUCCAAAGUGAACCGCAGCAAUGGAGGGCACAGGGUAGUGCGCAGGAAUGUCGUCAAUGCCCCUCCCACGCCUGCUAGGUAUAUCUGAUUUGUAGAAGAAAUGUCAUAAAUAAAGGUAAAUAUAAGGCUGCUGGCUGCUGCUGCAGCUGCGAGGAGCGACAGGUUCUGAGUGAGACUCGUCGGCGGCAGUUGCGACUAGUAUUAUAGAUGGCAGAGACGGCAGGCGCGGCCGUGACAAAGGUUUGCUGUGCAAGCAUCAAAUAAACCAGAACGCGAUGGUCAUAUGAAACAAAUAUCCUUUGCCGUCUUUGGAGAAGGCCUGACUGAGCUCUCUACAGUCCAGUCCAGUAGUGUAAUUUUAGUGUUUUUUUCGGUUCCUUUUAUCUUUUCCUCUGGUCAUUUGCAAACUGCCCCUGUUUUUGUGAGAUUAUGCAUAUCACAAUAUGUCGUGAAGAAUCUUGCGUUGGUGUUCUUUGAGAGCAGCGUGAUGUCUUCCUACGCGCCAUUUUUAUACUGGAAACUCUGAAUGAAUCGGAAAUCUGGACGAGAAA